GCAAGCAGCAGUCCCCUCCUAGCUUUACCUUCGCUCCUUGCCACCCGGCGGGCAGGAACGAUCUGGUUCUCCCCUAGAUUCAUCCCAGGAGCGAGCUGAUCUUAUGCUUCGCCGGGAUGGAUUAUUGCGCGCGCCUUUACUGCCUGGGUGGGUGAUUAAUAAGGACAGGGACCCCCGAUACGCACAGGCGGAUAUUCCUCAGCGGAGGCCGCGCCCACCGCCGGAAGACCUCUUAAGCACGCGAGCACUGCUGACUUGAGUUCUUGCCACGGCUAUAGUCAGGGGGGAAAAUACCCCGACCUCGUAACAAAAGCUGGGAUUGUGCUUUUUAGCUCUGCUCCAUAAACCCAAGCCAAAGGCCGGUGCGGGCCUGGAUAAAACGUCAGGGCAGGGAAUUUACCUGCUUGCUUACUUGUCUUUUCCGGCCAAUCGCAAACGGCGUUGUAAAAAUCGUAGGCGUCAGGGUUGAUCCGCCCAGAAUGCUGUCAUUUUAUUUUAAUAAUUCUCACGAGGAUAAGGAGGGCUGUGCGCGCUCUGCUAUUGAUGCCACUGCAGAAAAAUACUACAUAUGUAGUGGAAAGAAGAUCCUGUCAGUGUUUGAGGCCCAGUUUAUACACGCAGGACAGUCAAGUGUAAAAAGUUUUUGGAGGACGGGGGGAAGAGUAGGAUUCCAACUUGCACGUGUGAGGAAUUUGAUGUUUGAAGGCUCCCCUGCACAUACGUAUAAAAGCCUCCUUCAGGUUGAAAACGAUGGUGUCAAAGCUUUCUCCCUCGUGCUUGGCUUGUGUGUGCAUCCAGGGAAUCUUUUUCAUGUAGCAGCUUUCAGACAUAACCCGUGACACCUGCACGCAUCCCCCUUUGCUGUCAUCACUUGAUUCUGUUGCAUGUAUGUUGUUGUUAUGUGCCUCCAAGUCAACUACGACUUAUGGCAACCCUAUGAAUCAGCGACCUCCAAGAGCAUCUGAUGAACCACCCGGUUCAGAUCUUAUGAUCUUCAAUGCUGAAGAAGCCCACAGUGUUAUUAAAGAUUGCAUAGAAACUGUCCUGGGCAAGGCAGAUUACAAUCAUGACAACGUUAAUCAGUGGACUGCAGCUAUAGUAGAACAAUCUUUAACACAACUGGUAAAACUGGGGAAAACAUACAAAUACAUAGUAACCUGUGCAGUGAUGCAGAAAUGUGGAGCUGGUCUGCAUACAGCAAGCUCAUGUUUUUGGGAUACCACGACUGAUGGUACCUGCACAGUCCGAUGGGAAAACCGAACUAUGAAUUGCAUCAUCAACGUCUUUGCUGUAGCCAUUAUUCUGUAGCAAACUGGACAAGCCACGCUUAAGUUAUGCCAAAGCCUUUAAGAACAAAAACUAUCAAAUAGAGUAGAUUGUAAGAAUUAUUAGAUGAAACUAUAUUUAUGCACUAGAGAGAGAGCAGGAAAUGUGCUUUUAAAAAGGUCUGUGGACAAAGUAUAUAUUAUAGUAAAGUACAAUCUUUCAGCUUAGCCAGCUGGCAGCUUACUAAAGACAGCUUUUUUUUUUAAGGCAAAAGUUUAAGUUUUCUUGAACUGUGGUUCUCUCCACUUCCCGUCCCCCAAACCUGAAAGAAGUGAUGGAAAAGUUAAAUAAAAACUAAGACAAUGCAUGUUUGCUCCCACAUUACCACUGGCAUUUCAUACACAGCAGAUUAAGAUAAAUGCAAUCAGUAGUGUAUGUAUAUGUGUGUAUGAUAUAUAUAAUGUAUGUCAAUGCCUUAGAACAGAGAAAUGUAAUCAGUAGUGUAUGUAUGUAUGUUCCAAAGAAUCCUUGGAAUCCCAUCAGUGGUUUCUCAGUACAGUAGCAGGUUUCUGAAAGAUAGCUUGCCCCCCAAUGUCCAGAAUUGCAAGGGAGUGUUUUUGCUUCUAAAGCAUGCACUCAUUUGAAUUGGGUUGAUGGUGAGGUCUAACUGGGGUAUCAGGUAGCGUCUCAUGUGAACUGACUGAACAACUUAGAACAUAUUUCAGCGUGUAGGGAUUGGGCAGCAGAUGCUCAGAGGCUCCUCAGUAGAUAAGAUGAUGUGAAAAAAGUUUCCUGAAAGCAUUAAGUUUCAAAACCACUGCUUAGAAUGCCAUUUAGUAGUGUUUGUGAUUUAUAAUGCAUAAUAUAUUAAGCAGGGUAAAAAAAAACCCUGACCAGUUGUAAAAUAAUGUUUUUCUACUUUUGGGCACACAAUUUCUAGAGGCCAGCAUAUCUCCUUUUCUCAUACAGGGUAUGAAUGUUCAGCAAGAGAAUGUAUUUGUCAUGCUGGAAUCGACUGCCAGCAGUGCUUAAGUUUGUAUAAUGGCACAGUUCUUAAGGCACAUUCCUCAAAUUAGGGAAAUAGUAUUAAUGCAAUGUGCAACAUUUGUUUCAGUGACCUGUACACCAACAAAUAUUUGAUUGGGAUUAGGAACACCUUUUGUUAUAGCAGCGCAAAAUCAAAAACUAUGAAAGCAUUACAAUAAUAUUACAGUGCCUUUACCGGCAGAUAAUGCAUGUGCAGAUAUUUUAGAUUAGGAUAUAAAAAUUUAGUAAAGCUCUUGUGAUAUCAGUUUCUUGCAUAUCUUCAGGACAGAGGCAUUUCUAAUUAUGGACAAGCCUGUGACACUUCAGAUUUUUGAGUAGGGUUGUACUUGAUCAUAUACAACUAUUUAAAAGUAAUGUUCCAUAUGUAGGACUUGGAAAUACAAACAUGCGGGGAACUUUUUUAUGACUUAAGGUGCAUUUAAAAUAUAAGUUGGUUACUUACAGAAUAAUUAACUGGCUACAGUCUUUACUUCCAAGUAAUAUUAACAGUGUUAGAUUAUAAAGUCUUGUUGUUUAUUGUGGGGGAGGGGUUAUAUUUGCUAUUAGUUAAAAUAAGCUUGCAAUCCUAUGCUUACCUGAAGCAUUGAAAACAGUGGAACUUACUUCUGAGUAAACAUGCAGGGUGUCAGCAGUAUCUACAAAAAUUAGAAAAUGCUCAGCUUCAGUCAAGUGGGUAAUCCUUUUAACUUGAAAAACCAUUCAAGCAAAUUUUAAGCACCUUUGCAAUUAUGUUUAGAAACUAGGGCUUUAUUUUUUUCCUGCGAAAGUUAUGUUGUUUUGCCAUUAUUUAUAGCCUUACUAGAACUUGAAACUAUACUGUUGCAUGAAGUGUUUAGGCCUUUUUAAAACACCACGGUUAAUAAGAAACUGCUAUAAGCUGUUUUCAGUUGUAUCGUAUGUUUGGAAUUUUUUUAACCAUUGUAAUGGUUUUGUUUUUAAUUUCUGUAACAUAAUAUUUAAAGCACCAAAGGUUUAGUUGUUUUUUGUGAUAAAGUUGUUGCAUAACCAAAUAGCAAGUAUAUAUUCCAUGUUAUUAUAACGUAAAUAAAGAAUCUCUAUAUUCUUGAAAUGAAUGCACAUAUUUACAGCAAGAGAACUUAAAAUACAAAUUUCCAUGCAAACUUUUAUUACAGCUCUGGUUUCAGAAUUUGCUUUUUCUGUGCAUAAACUGUUUUCAUCUUCUUCUUGAAGCAGUAAAAGAUAAUAUUGAAGACAGAGCAUUUUAUAGAGGGUGGAAACAAAAUAGAAUAAUAUUUGCAUGAAGUAAAGAGAAUCUGACAAAGGCAGUUUCAGAAGCACCUACUAAUGAAGUCUCUGACCAGAAAAUAAAGGCAAAGGUACAAUCUCUUCUGUUUUUGGUAAACUUCUGUUGCCAUUAUUGAGAAUAGAUUUUAUUUCAGGUUGGUUUUUUAAAUGUACUUGAACAGAAGUUAUGCUAAGAACACUGCAAUACAGUAGGGCCCCACUCAUAUGGCAGGUUCUGUUCCAGGCCCCCGCCAAAAAGCGAAAACUGCUGGAAAAUGGGGCCCUACUCAGCUGUAGCGCACGAGGUCCCUGCCCUACAGAUGAUCAUGCGAUCAGCUGGAACCCACCAGCUCCCCGCGCUACAGCUGAAAGGGAUCAGCUGGAGCACGCCAGCUCCCCGCGCUACAGCUGAUCACGCGCUACAGCUGAUCAACUGGAGCGCGCGAUCAGCUGGAGUGUGGGGAGCUUGCGCACUCCAGCUGAUAGCUGUCAGCUGGAGCUUGGUGGCUGGAGCUCCCCACGCUAUAGCUGAUCGCCCUGCUGGCACCGCCGUAUUACCAGAACGCCGACAAGCGGGGCACCGACAAGCAGGGCCCUACUGUAUACGGAAGUUCACAGACAUACACUGUGCUAAGAUUGCACUAGAAAUAAUGCUGAUAUUGGUUUUAAAAUAGCUACAUUUUGUUUUAACUAAAAAAAAUAAAUAAAAUAUGUCUGCCUUA